AUGUACAAGAAAAAUAUCCAGAGGUGGCUUUCUGACAGGAAGAAGAGAGCACUACAGAAGAAAGAUGUGGAUGUCCGGAGGAGAAUUGAACUUAUUCAGGAUUUUGAAAUGCCUACUGUUUGUACCACUAUUAAGGUUUCAAAAGAUGGACAAUAUAUUUUAGCAACUGGAACAUAUAAACCUCGGGUUCGAUGCUAUGACACCUAUCAAUUAUCCUUGAAGUUUGAAAGGUGUUUAGAUUCAGAAGUUGUCACCUUUGAAACAUUGUCUGAUGACUAUUCAAAGAUUGUCUUCUUACAUAAUGAUAGAUACAUUGAAUUCCACUCCCAGUCGGGCUUUUACUACAAAACCAGAAUACCGAAGUUCGGGAGGGACUUCUCCUACCAUUAUCCGUCCUGCGACUUGUACUUCGUUGGCGCAAGCUCUGAAGUUUAUAGGUUAAACCUAGAACAAGGACGGUACCUAAAUCCUCUACAAACUGAUGCUGCGGAGAAUAAUGUUUGUGACAUAAAUUCAGUGCACGGCUUGUUUGCCACAGGAACAGUAGAGGGUCGAGUGGAGUGCUGGGACCCACGGGUUCGAAGCAGAGUUGGCCUGUUGGACUGUGCGUUAAGUAGUGUCACAGCAGAUUCGGAGGUGAACAGUCUACCAACCAUCUCUGCUUUGAAAUUUAACGGUGCCUUGACCAUGGCAGUUGGAACAUCCACAGGGCAGGUCUUAUUAUAUGAUCUUCGCUCGGAUAAGCCACUGCUAGUUAAGGAUCACCAGUAUGGGCUGCCCAUUAAGUCGGUCCAUUUCCAGGAUUCUUUAGAUUUGAUUUUGUCUGCAGACUCUCGAAUUAUCAAAAUGUGGAAUAAGAACUCAGGGAAAAUUUUUACUUCCUUGGAGCCAGAACAUGACAUUAAUGAUGUCUGCCUCUAUCCCAACUCAGGAAUGCUUCUUACCGCCAACGAAACCCCCAAGAUGGGCAUCUAUUACAUUCCGGUGCUGGGUCCCGCUCCCAGGUGGUGUUCCUUCUUAGACAACUUGACGGAGGAAUUGGAAGAGAAUCCGGAAAGCACGGUGUACGAUGACUACAAGUUCGUCACCAAGAAAGACCUGGAGAAUUUAGGGCUCACGCAUCUCAUUGGAUCACCUUUUCUCCGGGCAUAUAUGCAUGGAUUUUUCAUGGACAUAAGACUCUAUCACAAGGUGAAAUUGAUGGUAAAUCCAUUCGCUUAUGAAGAAUACAGGAAAGAUAAGAUCCGACAGAAGAUAGAAGAAACACGGGCACAGAGGGUCCAAUUAAAGAAAUUGCCAAAAGUUAACAAAGAGCUGGCACUUAAAUUAAUCGAGGAGGAGGAGGAGAAGCAAAAAUCUACGUGGAAAAAGAAAGUUAAGAGCCUUCCUAAUAUUCUCACCGACGAUCGGUUUAAAGUUAUGUUUGAGAACCCUGACUUCCAAGUAGACGAAGAGAGUGAAGAAUUUAGGCUUUUGAAUCCACUUGUUUCAAAAAUUAGUGAAAAAAGGAAGAAGAAGCUAAGACUCUUAGAGCAACAAGAACAUCCUGACAAGGAAGAGGAGGAAGAGCCGGAAGGAAGACCGAGCGAUGCGGAAAGCUCUGAGAGCUCCGAUGAUGAAAAGGGCUGGGUCGAAGAGGUCAGGAAGCAGCGCCGGCUGCUGCAGCAGGAGGAGAGGGCGAAGCGGCAGGAGCGGCUCAGGGAGGACCAGCAGACGGUCCUCAGGCCCCAGUUCUAUGAGAUCAAAGCAGGCGAAGAGUUCAGGAGCUUCAGCGAUUCUGCCGCCAAGCAGAGGCUGAUGAACAAAACCCUAGAAGAUCGGCUGAAACUUGAAGCAAAAAAUGGGACGUUGAAUGUAUCCGACACCACAGUUGGCAGCAAGCAGCUGACAUUCACGUUAAAGAGGUCUGAGCAGCAGAAGAAGCAGCAGGAGGCCGAGAAAAUGCACCGACAGGAGAGGAAAGCGCUGCGUCGCCCGGCCGGCCACCUCAAGUCCAGGCGCAAGCGAGGGCGGCCCUUUCCCUGAGAGGAUGGACAGCACGGACUCGGGAGCUCCGUCCUCCGCUGGUCAUCGGGAGCACGCGGUGUCCACUCCCGCCUCCAGGGUCAAGACGGGCAACCUGUCCCAACGCCUUCGGGUCAGAGCGGCAUGCCAGGGCGCAAAAGGUGUGCUCCUCCCCCUGAAGAUCGCCCUUUUCCCGGUUUUCAUCCAGUGGACCAGGUGGUUGGUUUUUCACCUUGUGACUGUGAACCAUGACCGGGGGGUCCUGUGCUGACAGUGAAGGCUGAGCCUGUCCCCGAGCUUCCUCUCAGGCCGCCUCUCACAGUGCACCGCCCGGAGCACGCGUGGCUCAGCUCCUGUGCAGCCUUGGUCAUGUGUGUGUGUGUGUGUAUGUGUGUAUGAGUGAGCUCAUGUGUGUAUGUGUAUGUGUGUGUGUGUGUGUGUGUGUGUGAGCUCAUGCGUGUAUGUGUGUGCAUGUGUACGUGUGUGUGUGUGAGUAUGCUGGUAGGUGUGCUGCUGGUCUAUAUAUCAGUUCGGGAUUUUUAAAAAAAUAUUUUUAUACCAAGAGAAUAUAAAGUAAUGGUAAUAACCUAAAACAAGAAAUGAAAGCGACUGGGUGUUCUUUUAUACUCAGCUCAAGAUUACAUUCAGACUUUUUUAUGUUUCUCACCUGCAUAGAGAGAAACUGGCUGGAGAAAACAUUUAUAAAAAUAAAAAUAAAUACGCGUGUUUGAACAGCUUCUUUAAAAA